AUGUCUGGGGUGUCUGAGCUGAAUGUUAGCAGGGUAGAUAGCAUCAUCAUGGGCAUUAAUCCACAUUUUGGUAUGCAUGAGGGCGAACUAUCAUCAGAAGACUGUUCCAGUUCAAGUACAAUCUCAACCUAUAGCUCUGAUGAUGAAAGUGAUAGAAGGUACUUAUUGUCAUAUAAAUUUUACCAAAACUUCAUUUUCUGAUUGGUCAUGAUCUUCCAUUGCUUUGCCUUGCCAAGAUAUAGGUUUAGGGAAAGCCCAUCUAUGUUAUUCACUGAUUGGUAUGGUAAGUUUUUCGAAUUAACGAUAAUUUGAAUAAUGUUUUUUCAUAGUUUUAGCUCAAGUGAGGAGCUUGAAAAUGAGAGUGAGGAGCUUGAUGUAGAUGGAAAGGAUGAAAGGUAAGUAAACACCCAACUACACACAAUAAUAUUGUAAUCAUGUUAAAUCCCUUUCUAGGUCUCACGUCAAACAGAAGUCUAAAUGAAGUUAGCAUCAUUUGUAUUACCUUCGACAUCAGUAAGCAAUGUCAGACUUAUAACAAGAUGCGUUACCAACCCGCAUUAUUAGGGCCCCCAGGAGUGUGUGAGUAAACACUUUUUGCUUUGAUUCUUUCCUCCCCCAUUCAGUAUAAAAUAACACUAAUAUAUACAUUAAUGUAAGACUAUGAUUAAUAUUUAUAAUAAUUGUUUUUGCUUGAUAGUGACAAUGAUCUAGAUGAAACUCUUACUGCUUCUGAAUGUGGCUCACUGGGAGAAACUCCUAUGGACAGAAGUGAGUUAGAAGAUAUUGAGAUUGAAAUGCAGCAUGGCCCUGAAUCAAAACAGGAAAGAGACAAACGUCUAAACCAAGAAUUGAAGGAUAGGUUUGAUUCCUUAAAUCGUGUCGGCAAAGAAAGUGAUGUACAUAAUGCGCAUGCUCAGCAUGAACGAGUUAUUGUUGAAAAAACAAAACUUUUACCACUUUUUGAGAAUAAGUGUCCAAAUGAAUCUUGUGCUGAAAAGUCCAAGGUUCUCAAUUACAAGCUCAGUGGAGGAGUGCCGCAAGUAUCUUGGAAAUGUCCAAAUGACCAUUCUGGGUACUGGGUGUCCUCACAAGUGCUCUGCCAAAAGAACGGCUAAGACAUCUUUUCCACAAGUUUGCUACUGACCCUUGGCUUGGUACUCUCUGGAGGCCAUUAUGACAAGCACAUGUUUUUCAGUAAUUUCAUUUCAAGACAAACAUGGAAAGUAUUGACAAACGAGCAGCUUAUUUUGUGUGGUGAUGGAAGGAAUGAUUCUCCAGGUCAUUGUACAAAAUACUGUGUUUAUUUACUAAUGGAGCAAUUUCUUGAUGUCAUUGUUGAUAUUGAAGUGACAGAUAAGAGAGAAACAGGUGGUGUAUCAACAAAUAUGGAGUGUACACUCUAAAGAAGCUCUUGAAAAGGAUUGUGGGCAAACUCAUUAUGUCAAAGAUUGUCACUGAUGCAUCUACAACUGUUAUGAAACUUGUACGAGAGAUGAAAUGUAUAGUACAUUGAGUAAAAAGAAGUGGAUAAUUUAUUUGGAUUCUCAUUCUCUUUGAAGUGUGUUAUUCUUGUCAGCUUGAAUGCUCCCAAAUGCAUUUUAUUAGUAUAUGCUGUUUAUAAUUUAUUAGUAUAUGCUGUCUAUAUUCACUUUUCAUUGGUAGGGUGAUUCCAAUUUACUGGUUUAAUUUGAAAGGAUUUCUCUGAUACAAUUUUGAAUAAAAAUAUCUCUCCAAAUAUGUUCAAUAAUUUUGUGAUUUCUUGUAAUCUUUUUAGAUAAAUACUCCAUUUUUGGCAUGUUGUUGAAAAUUGUAAGGGCAGUGCUGAGAAGCUCAAGGUAUGGUGCAAUAGUAAAAUGAAAGUGAACAUAAUGAAAAAUAUCUUCAGUUUACUAUUAUAAGUAUUUAACAGUGGAAUUCUGGCUGUGUUGCUGGGGUACAUGAAUAAAUAACAUGCCUCUAUUGUCUACCAAUACACAAUGGUGUAGCCUGAUCCUUAUUUUUGUGCUGGCGAAGUGCAAACACUGAAGGCGUGAGAGAAGCUGGAAGUGUCCGGGGUAUGCUCCCCAGGGAAAUUUUGAAAUUUAGGGCUUCUGUAAUGUGAUUUCCUGCACUUGCAGAAUUUGAUAUUUUGCAGAAUUCCAAUGUUAAAUGGUUAUUAACCCUGUAAGUGGCAAUGCGCCCAGGUGUACCCCACCUUACUGUUUCAUGUUAUCUAAUGCCAGACGAUUUUACUCGUCAGGGGGAGAGUGAUGCCACUCAAUGCAGGCUGCGCAAUAAGGACUGGACUGGAGUAACUAUAUUUUCAAAAUGAUGCAUUUUUUCCACUCAGGUUCAAAAUUCGAUGCCCUUUUCUCAUGUUUACAACCCCAAUAAUCACCUGCUGGGGCAUGAUCCCCUAUUUAAUGACAUCCAUUGUUACCCAUUAGGAUAGUUGGUUUGGUGUUCUCCGCUAUGUAUGUGGAGAACAUGAAUGGGCAGAUGGGGAAUGUGAUCAUGGACCAUUAGUGGAGGAAGAAGGUGGAAAGACAAUACUACCAAAAAAAUCAAAAGCAAUGGAAGCAAUCAGAAAAGUUGUGAUUGAUCCUCGCUUUCUGAGUACACUGCAGCACUAUGUCACUUUCAGGUAGUUUAUGUUGUAUUAUAUUAUCUUUUGAUGAAGAGGAUUUGUGCAAAUUUAAAACAAGUGCACAUACUGUACAUAUAAUUGAAAUUUGCUUAGUGAAAUGCUUAACAACGUUUACCUGCUAAUGCUGCAAGAACCACAACUAACGGACAGUUGGUUCUGACUUAUGACAGUGAAUGAUAGAAGUAUAUUAUGGUAUUAGAAAUCUAAAAAUCAAAAUAUUGAUUUGGAAUUCAUAUACCAAGUUAAAAAAAUGCCCUCAAUUGACAUAUACAAGUCUGUAUAUGUAUCACCAUGUUAGCGUAUUAAACCUUUUGCUUCUAUUUUAUAGGCACACUAGCAAACUGGAGAAUUUUAAUUCAAUGCUCUUAAAAUAUGCCCCUAAGAGAGUUGGAUUUCAGUAAGUAUCAUUAUGCCAUAGUUGAAUAUAUACAGUACUUAUGCUGAUCAAAAUUUAUUUAUAAUUAUGCAUUUUAUAUAUAUAUGCAUUUAUAUAGGAAUGAAUCUUUUACAGCUAGAACUUUGUUAGCUGCCAUUGAUCACAAUGCUCACCUUCAUCGAAAGCCACUUCUCAGUAAAGAAGGAAACUUGAAGUACAACAAGGUCUUUAGUAAAAGAUCGAAGAACUUCAGAGUUUCAGUUGUGAAGGAUAAAGAAUACGACUACUGGCCUAGUAUCUCCACUAGGGUGUUACAGCAGCGAAAGGAUGAUAAAAGAAGUAUCCUUCGUAGUACACCAAUUCCUGAUGACCAUCCCAAAAAUAUUGCUCCAUCCAUUGCCCAAAUACCUAUCCCAAAAACAAGCAGUUUGGUUGAAAAAUCUCUAUCAAGAUACUCCAAAGAGUGA